UGACAGUUAUUUAAUGGGACGGAGUGAUUACCAAACCAUUGCAAAGAGCUUUCCAUCUGCUUUUUGGCAUGAAGAGAUUAAUUACACUAACGAUUCGAAAGUGACUGGUCCCUUAAUAAACUAGAUUCUAUUGAGUGGGUGUACUGCCUGAUAAUAGGGGAAAUUAUGUUCUUGUUUUAAAAUACUAAUUGAAAAAAAUGCUAGUGUAAUACGGAGGGUUAAUGCGAAAGAUAUAAAUAUCGGUUGGACCAUUUGAAAACGGACAACUAUCCAUUGUCCUUUCUAAUAUUCCUAAAAGCUAGAACCAUUAUGAAUAAAUUGCAGAAGGGGUGUGUUAGCUAGGUAUGUUUAGUCAAGCGUUUGGAACUCCGGGUAACGAUUUGGUCAGCCAUUUACAUCCGGACUUUUUGGUUGUUUCUUCUCGUCGCUCUACGGUGUUGUGGGAAAUAAUACAACAAACCUAGCUAUAUGGAACAAGAUGAUGCCACACAUUUGUAUUACUAAAGUGAGCAAGACAACGCGACACUAAGGGCACCUGCAUAACAGGUGUCAUCGGACUCGAAUCUUUGAAACCGAAAUAAAGUACCAGCCCCAUGACCACAGCUUGUUUGAGAACGAGGGAACAACAUCAGGACAUGUCAAAAUGUCUGUAAUGCUGAUCGUCUUAAUAGCCCUUCUCCUGCUCCUGGUACUAUCUGUCCUACUCUUCAGAUGGCUCAUAUGCAGCCUGGCAGUUCGGUUUUUCCACAAUACGCUGAAUGCCGAACUGAAAAUCAAAUCGGUGGGGUUGUUCUCAGUGAGUGGAAUCAGUAUCCAGUUUCAACCGCAGCACACUCUGGAAAUAGACAAGCUGUGGAUUUCAAGCAAACUUUUAAAUCAGAACCUGCCGAGAUGCCUGGCAUUUUGUGUGGGCGAGACCAGAGUCAGAGUGGACCUGCAGGAGGCUUUAAACCGCCAGACCCCUAAGAGCUGUGAUGGAGGAGGGUCAGGGAAAGUUCCUGUCAGCCCUGCAGUCCUCCGCUUCCUUUCCCAGCUGUUGUCCUUCCAUAUUGACUCCAUCAAUGUAAUGGUGCUAAACCUAGCCCUUUCAGAGUCCCUUUGGCACAUGACCACUUCAAGUAUCGACCUCCUGCUCGAUCACCAGAGCAAGAAGUUGGCCUGGGACUUUUCUGUGGGGCAGCUCAGCAGUAAGGUGCUUAAAAGCAGUCGAUUACAGGAUAUGUGUCUGGCGGAGGUGUCCCUGAGCCUGGUGCUGUGUGGGGAUGUAAGCCUGCCGGAGCUGCGUCCUGGCCGACUGGCCCUGUGUGUGAGGACACUGCUGGCUGAGCUGCACGAGGGCCUCUUCCUAAGCCAGCUCCUGCCACCAGCGGCUCCUCUAGAGAAGGCUGUCUCUGUAGCUGAAUGUGAAGGAGACAACUAUGUCCAGACUGAAGCAGUGGAGCGGUUUCAUCAGCUGAUGCCGCAGAAGGUCAACGUGGAAUUCGACAAUACUAAUAUAACUCUCUCCAUGCACAGCCAGAAAAGACACUUGAACUGGACCCUGAAAUCUCUGAAGGUGGGAUAUGGACGUGAUGACGAACAGCUGCCCCUCAGGAGCUUCACCCCGGAGCUGAGCUUCCCUCAGAGCAGCCUGGAGCUACUUCUGGAGGAUGGACUUCUACUAUCCCAGAGCAGACAGAGAAUCCUUUGCCUCAACACUCUUAGGACUGUCCUGCAGGCCACAUCAGUGGACAUUUCAGGGUCAGUCACUGUAAACACCUGCAUCAUCCACUACCGUCACCAGGAGUUCUCUCAUUGGCUGGACCUGUUUCCAUGGGAACAGCUCAUUCCCAGGAAAGCGGCUCACAGCAAAAGUCCAGUGGAGUAUUUGCAUACCCUCCUAUCCUACAGGCACUUCCCCCACUUAGACGCCCCUGUGAUGAUCAGCUCCUCAGUGUCCAAUGUCAAUGUGUCUGUCCAACUGGGAGAUACUCCGCCCUUUGCUCUGGGCUUCAUCUCAGCCACCACGGAGCUGCAGCACCUCCUGGACAUCAGCACCAAUGCAGAGAGCCUCAAGUUCCAGAAUGUUCACCGCCGCCUGUCUUUGUCCCUGGACCACUUCUGGUGGAGGGUGGGGCAAGGGUCCCACAUUCAGCAGACCCCCCACCCCCCUGGGAAACACGUGUGGGGGGAAGCCCUUAUCCUUGACUCGCUUACACUGCAGGUAACGCAGGCAUGCCACAAGGGGAGCGUCAACAAGCCCCAGAGUGAGUCCAGCAGCCAUUCAGAGAGUGUGAAUGUGGAGUCCAGUCUGAAGGGCCUACAGCUGGAGGUGUCCGAGACCUGUGCCCUGUGUCUUUCCCGCCUGCUGUCCCUCUGUAACCUGGCAAACGACAGGAGGCUGGAGGCCUCGGAGCAGCCACCCCCGGGGUCCGGGCCUGACCCGGUUAAUGGGACAUCCUCCCCCAGCCAGGGGGCCUUUUAUUUUAAGAUUGACUGCAACCUGGAGGACGCUAACGUGUUCACACUCUCAAAUGUAGCAGGAGCGGUGUCUUUGCGGGUGGACACGGUGAAGGGCCAAGCCUCAGCAGAGAGCUCUACGGUGUCUGUCCGGGGUGUGUGUGUGUCUGUGGUGAAGGCUCUCACAGAGACCAUGGAGCCCUGCUGUCCCUCGGCUCAAAUGCCCAACCCUGUCCUCAGCCUGUCCAGCCUCGCCUUCUGCCACCACGUCACCACCAGGAACGUGGAGGUCCAGUGUGAAGAGGAUCUGGUUGUGCUGUGGACGCCAUCGGAUCACAUGUUCUUGUAUCACCACGCCACUGAGACCCAGGGUUGCUGGGCUUCUCUUUGUGACUCUCUCGGCCUGCCAGAGAAAAGAGUGGAGAAGGGUGGAGCAGAUUCCCCGGAGAGUGCCUCGGCCAAGGCCUCUCCCACCCACAGCAGGACCAGGGACCUGUCUGUGCGUGUGGAACUGGGCCAGACACGCUUCACAGCCCAGGUGGCGGAGCACAACUACCUCCUGCUGCACACAGAAGCCCUGUCACUCUCAACACAUUCCGGCUCCAUGUAUAUCCGUUCACCUCAGCUGUUGCUCAACUUUGACGGCAACGAUAUCUUCUCCUUCAAGGACCUGGAGGUCCAGACGCACCCUGAUCAGGCUCUGGAACAACGGCACCUAUUCCCCUUCCUCUCCACUCGACACAACCGUGUUUGGGUGUUCACCUGCCCCGGCCUGGCUAUUGAGUUCCCUUACCAGUACAACUUCUCCAACACCUUUGACAAGUUCAUCAGUGUUCAGAAGUGGCUCAAGUCCCUGCACAGAAGCCCGGGUCAUACUCCGGCCCCCCAGCAUCUGCCCCCAGACCUCGUCUUCAAGAUCAGCCAUUUCUCAUUUGUCUUCCUGGAUGACGUCUUUGAGAUCAAGUUGAGGGACAACUACGAGCUGAUGAAGGACGAGAGCAAGGAGAGCUCCAAGAGACUCCAGCUGCUGGACAAGAAGGUGGCCGACCUACGGAAGCAGCAUGGCGAGCUGCUGCCGGCCAGGAAGAUAGAAGAGCUGUACACAUCUCUGGAGCGCAAACACAUAGAGAUUUAUAUCCAACGCUCCCGUCGCCUCUAUUCCAACACGCCCAUGAGAAAGUCUCUGCUGACCUGGACGGUUUCUGACCUCGAGCUGGUUGCUCUUGCUGACCAGUCCCUCCACGGGCCAGAGCGUGUCCGUGAGCAGCUGAGGGACAUCGAUGGAAUCAGCCCGUUCCCCAGAGACGGACUCCCGUUGGUGGUACAGUGGUGCCGGGCAGUCCAGUUCAACCUCACUGCCUUCCUGGUAAGAAUCCGGGACUAUCCUCGUUACUUGUUUGAGAUCCGGGAAUGGGAGUUGUCAGGCCGUCUGAUUGGCACAGAGCAGGAUGGGCAGGGCCGGGCUCGCCAUAAGCAGACAGUGCCGCUAGGCCAGCCAUGGGGAGAUGUGAUCAUCAACAGGAACAUGCCACCACUUAAGUUCUAUUGUGAUUUCAAAUCCAAUAUAUCAUUGUAUACUAUAGUAUGGGGGCCUUGCUGGGACCCAGCAUGGACAUUGAUUGGCCAGGUGGUCGACUUGCUGACCAAACCCACGGUUGACCCCUCCCCUCCUCUGGCCUGGUGGGACAAGAGUCGUCUUGUGAUACAUGGACGCUGGAUCAUGGACAUAGAACAGGCUAACCUGCAUCAGUUGGCCACUGAGGACCCUUAUAACACUACUGAGAACAUGCACUGGGAGUGGAACAAACUCAACUACGAGUGGAAUCCUGGGCAGUUUGUCUUCAAAGGUGACAUGGAUGUCAACGUUAGGACAGCCUCCAAGUAUGACGACAUCUGUUUCCUGCAUCUGCCCAACCUCUGCAUGACCCUUGACCUCCAGUGGCUUUGUCACGGCAACUCCCAUGACCAUCACGCCGUAACGCUGUGUUGUGCGGAGAACAUAGCUGACGUGACCUCUGGACAACCUCACGACUCCUACAGAGCCUUCCGUUCAGAGAACCUCAACCUGUCUAUCACCAUGGACCUCAACCAGCACUGUGGCACUGAACCGUGCCAGCCCAGAAUCCUUCUGUACAGCAGCACCCUGCGCUGGAUGCAGAAUUUCUGGGCCACCUGGACCAGUGUUUCCAGACCCAUCUGCAGGGGCAAGCUCUUCCACAGCCUCCGACCCAUCCGAAAGAAGCUGGGCCAGCACUACAAACAGAUGUCUUAUACUGCUGCCUUCCCGCAACUACAAGUGCAUUACUGGGCGUCCUUUGCUCAGCAGAGAGGCAUCCAGGUGGAGUGUAGUAAAGGUGAUGUCUUCACCAGAGGGGCUCAGAGACUCAUCCCACAAGCGGGGACUGUGAUGAGGAGGCUGAUCUCGGAGUGGAACGUGACCCAGAUGGUGUCGGAGCUGUCCCUGAUGACCGUGCACCUCAUGGCCUCCACCUGGGAUGAGACGGUAGACCACCAGAUGAAUGCCCAGGUGAAGAAGACCCACCUGCUCAGCCUGUCCUCCCUCAGCUACCAGCGCCAGAGCAACCGCAUGGAAGAAGAGGUAAACCCAAAGGAUGAGUCCAAUGCCCCGUACACCCACAAGCUGUGCCUGGUGGACCUGCGUGCCUCCUGGACCACCACCAACAGGAACAUAGCGUUCGGUCUGUAUGACGGCUACAAGAAGGCCGCUGUUCUCAAGAGGAACCUCUCCACGGAGGCUCUGAAGGGCCUGAAAAUUGACGCCACGCUGCAAGCAGCCAAGAAACUCAAGCGCUCUCUGUCCAACUACUCCGGCAGCCCCAGCGCCUCCCCCACCACCCCAGCCAUGCCCAACGCCAGCCGGCCUGACAAGAACCAGCACGAAGGGACGUCCAUGCUGCAGAAGCUGAUUGAAGAGACUGAUAAGUUUGUGGUUUUCUCUGAAGAGGACUGUGGAGUGAGUGAUCAGCUCUGUGGCAUCGCGGCCUGCCAGACUGAUGAUGUCUACAACCGCAACUGGUUCAUCGAACUGGUCAACUGUCAGAUGAUGCUGCGCGGCACGGAGACGGCUGGCUGUGUGCUGGUGUCUGCAGCCAAGGCCCAGCUCCUGCAGUGUGAGCACCACCCUGCCUGGUACAGUGACACCCUGAAGCAGAAGACCACCUGGACCUGCCUGCUGGACGGCAUGCAGUACUUCGCCACCAUGGAGCCCAACCCCUCGGAGCAGGAGGACUGGCAGCUGUGGCUGGAGGUGAAGAACAUUGAGGAGCACAGGCAGCGUCACCUGGACUCCGUGCUGGAGCUGAUGGAGAGUGGUCAGGCUGUUGGGGGCAUGGUCAGCACCACCACAGACUGGAAUCAGCCGGCCCAGGUGAAUGACACCCAGCAGGUUCAGCGAAUCAUCUCUCGCUGCAGCUGUCGCAUGUACUACAUCGGCUACAGCCACGACAUCGACCCUGAGCUGGCCACACAGAUCAAGCCCCCAGAGCUCCGGGGCAACGAGAAGGAAGACCUUCUGAAGAAACAAGCCGGGGCUGUGGACACCUUCACCCUCAUUCACCAUGACCUGGAGAUCUCCACCAACCCUGUGCAGUACGCUAUGAUCCUGGACAUAGUCAACAACCUACUGCUGCAUGUUGAGCCCAAACGCAAGGAGCACAGUGAGAAGAAGCAGCGUGUGCGUUUCCAGCUGGAGAUAUCCAGCAACCCAGAGGAGCAGCGCAGCAGUAUUCUUCACCUGCAGGAGGCGGUCAGGCAGCAUGUGGCCCAGAUCAGACGGCUGGAGAAACAGAUCUACUCCAACAUCAGGGCCCAGCCUGAGGAGCUGAGAGGAGAUCAGCUAUCCGAGAUCAAUGUGAGACUUCAGAACCAGCUCAAUCAGGAGAAGACGGACAUGCAAAUGAAGAGUGAAGAGCUCAACAUCCUCAUCAGAUGCUUCAAAGACUUCCAGCUGCAGAGGGCUAAUAAACUGGAGUUGCGGAAGCCCCCAGAGGACGUGAGUGUGGUUCGCAGGACAGAGAUUUGCUUUGCCCAGGCCCGCUGGUGUCUUACUGAGGAGGAUGGACAGCUGGGCAUUGCUGAGCUGGAGCUGCAGAGGUUCAUGUACAGCAAGCUAAACAAGUCAGACGACACAGCAGAGCAUCUCCUGGAGCUGGGCUGGUUCACCAUGAACAACCUGCUCCCCAAUGCAGCCUACAAGCAUGUGAGGGUGGUGCUGCGUCCUCAGAGUCCAUGUCAGUCUGGCCGUCAGUUUGCCCUGCGUAUCUUCAGUAAGGUCCGCCCCCCAGUGGGAGGCAUCUCGGUCAAGGAGCACUUUGAAGUGAACGUGGUUCCACUCACCAUCCAGCUCAUGUACCAGUUCUUCAAAAGGAUGAUGGGGUUCUUCUUCCCAGGAAGGAACGUGGAGGAGGAAGAAGUUGCUGAUGAGGAAGACAAGUCUCGAAUGGUCACAACAGGAAUGCCUGUAAUCAAGCCUCGGCAGCUCUCUGAGGACACCAUGGGGGCCAUGGGCCCCAGCAAAGGGGUCACCCAGGGCUUGAACCGCACCUCUGGGGUCAGGAGGUCCUUCCGAAAGGCCGUAGAGCAUCCUGUAGAUGACAUUGACAAAAUGAAGGAGAGAGCUGCCAUGAAUAACUCCUUCAUCUACAUCAAGAUCCCCCAGGUUCCCCUCUGUGUCAGCUACAAGGGGGAGAAAAGCAGUGUUGACUGGAAGGAUCUAAACCUGGUGCUGCCUUGUCUGGAGUACCACAACAACACGUGGACUUGGCUGGACUUUGCGAUGGCUGUGAAGAGAGACAGCAGGAAAGCCCUGGUAGCACAGAUGAUCAAGGAGAAGCUACGUCUGAAGCCGGCAUCAGGUGCUGACUCUCGGGGCAAGGCGUCAGACGGGAAGUCCGACAGUAGCAUGCAACAGCAGGAAGAGGAUGAGAAGGCCCGACUCCUUAUUGGUCUCAGCACCUCAGACAAGAGUUCUGGCAAGAAGAGCAUCUUCAGCCGACGCAAGUGAUCCAUAGGCCUCCCCUCACACCGAACCAGAACUGCAUUGGACCACUGGGCUCUAGUCUGUGGUAGUGUCCCAAAUGGCACCCUAUACCCUAAAUACUGCAGUGCCCUAUGGAGUAUUAAGUACAGGGUGCCAUUUUGGGAUGCAGGCUAUGGCAGCUUUAGUAGCACACUCCCAAGCCUAAGGAAUCAGGGAGAGGCCAGGCCACCUUUGCUAGUGUCAAUGACUAGGACACUUGACCUGGUCUGAUACUGUGGUGUGGAUGUGGUAUAUCUUUAUUGGGAACAUAAACUGGCUGUUUUAUUCUUCUGUAAAUCAAUUAUAACAUUUCAUAGUUCAGGUUGUCUAUGUUUGUGUCUCAAAUAGCACCCCAUUCCCUGUAUAGUGCACUUCUGUGGACCAGAAAUGGUGCUCUGUGUAGGGAACAAAAAGCCAUUUGGGAUGGAAGACAUAAUGGGACCUGAUAAGAGCAUUGUUUCCUGCUGGUUCAGGAAUACAGUGCCCUCAAGCAAAUGUAAAUGAGUUUGUGAGAAAAAAAUAUAUAUCUCAAAUGAAUGCACAUUGAGAACCACUGAAAUGCUUGCAACAGUUAUUACUGUACUGAUAUCUUUGUUUUAGCUUUAUGGUUUCUUUGAAUCAUUUUAUUACAGCAUUGUGUUUUUAUUCACAAGUCUGUAUGAUACUGUAACGCUGACUGUAAAGUGUAUCCCUGUAAAUUACAAAACAAUAUUUGUAUCCUGUAUGAGACUCCUACAAAAACGUAUGCCACAUCAGACUUUAUACUGUAGUUCAACAUAUCUGUGCAAUAUAUCUGAAUAGAGCAGAAAAAAUUGACUUUUAUAUUUUAUGGCACUCUGAAAACUUUUUUUGUUGUAGCUUUUGUCUGGAUAAUGUUUUGUAAUUUUAACACUACAGCACUUUUUAGCAAAGCAAAGUAUUUUCUAAUAUUUUUGUAACCAUGCCAUUUCUUUUCAGUUGCUGCAUUUGUUGUCCAGUUACAGCUUCCUUAAAUUGCAAGAUCUCAGUAUGUCUAAAUAUUUUUUUAAUGUAUUUUUAUUUAGUUUGGUCCACUAAAAAUGUGUAAUGCAUGUAAAUAUAUUUGUCAUUAAAAUGG